AUGUCGUACCUCCUCAACAAAGCCACCAGCGCCGCCAAAAGCGUGCAGAGCACCGUGGUCAGCACAACCCACCACCUCCCUGACAGCGUCACCAGCAGAUUCGGCUUCGAGAGCGUCACCAACGCAGUGACGAGCAUCGUCGCCACCAAGGAGGAUACCACCCGGCCCCCCAAGCACCACCGAUACUCCAGCUCGGCGCCCGUCUCGGAGGGGAACACCGUCAAAUUCCAUGUCUGUGGGUAUGCGUACUUCUGGGCCGUCUCGGAAGCGCUGGAGAAGGCCACCGAGUCGGUUUGGAUCCUGGGCUGGUGGGUUUCUCCUGAGGUAUAUCUCCGGCGACCACCCUCCGAAAAUGAAAAGUACCGACUCGAUCGCAUGCUGCUGGCCGCGGCGGAGCGCGGCGUCAAGGUCAACAUCAUCGUGUUCAAGGAGGUUCCUCAGUUCAUGUACCUCUCGUCGCACCACACCCAACGCGCUCUGGAGGCACUGCACCCCAACAUCGCCGUCUUCCGCUAUCCGGACCACUACACCGGCGCCAAGGGCGUCCUGUCGUCGACGAAGAGCCUGCUGCAGAACACUCUCGCCGCCGGCGCCGCCAAUCUCGGGAAAGUGUCGGACGAGUCGCUGCAGAACCUGUUCGCCCUGGCCGGCGGACCGACCCUGCUGUGGGCGCACCACGAGAAACUGGUCAUCUGCGACCGCCGCCUUGCCUUCGUGGGCGGCAUCGACCUCGCCUACGGCCGGUGGGACACGGUCCAGCACCCCAUCGCCGACGCCCACCCGGGCAACCUCGACGACAUCGUGUUCCCGGGCCAGGACUACAACAACGCCCGCGUCAUGGACUUCAAGAACCUCGACGACUGGCAGCGCAACAAGCUCAGCCGUCUGACCACGUCGCGCAUGGGCUGGCAGGACAUCUCCGUCAGUCUCGUCGGGCCGACGGUCGCGGAUCUGUGCCGGCACUUCGUCGACCGCUGGAACUUUGUCCACAGCAUGAAAUACAACACGGGGCUGCCGCGGGACUCGCGCUACGAGCGUCUUCUCCCUCUCCCUCCCCCACCCGCGACCGAGCAAUCGACCCCGAGCCCGCCGUCCGUGCCGGUCGGUCCGAUGACGUGCCAGCUCGUGCGCAGCAUCGGCAGCUGGAGCGGUGGCGCCGAGCACAGCAUCUACAACGCAUACGUCGACAUCAUCGCGCAGAGCGAGCACUUUGUGUACAUCGAGCAGCAGUUCUUCAUCACGUCGACGGGGUCGUGGCUGGGCACGGUGUGGAACCGGGUCGGGGAAGCCCUGGUGCAGCGCAUCCUGCGCGCCGUGCAGGAGCAGAAACGCUACAAGGUGUUCGUCGUCUUACCCUCCGUGCCGGCCUUUCCCGGCGACCUCCAGGCCCUGAUCUCCGGCCACCCGCCGCGCGCCAUCAUGAAGCUGCAGUACCAGUCCAUCUGCCGCGGCGGGGCCAGCAUCCUGGACAAGCUGCGCCAGGCCGGCGUCGACAACCCCCACGAGUACAUCCGCUUCUACAACCUGCGCAACUACGACCGCAUCAACGAGGGCGGCGUGCUGCAGCGCGCCGAGCGGGCCAGCGGCGUGGCAUAUCAACUCGCCAGCCAGGACCACGACGACAUGGUGGAUCCGUUCGGCCUGCGCGCGCAGCAGGAGGUGGGCGAGUUCGAGGCCGGCCCCGUCCCGGGGAAUCACCAGGCGUACGAGAAAUACCAGCGCGCCACGGGUGCGAACAACCAUGCACACAGUGCCUGGGAUACGGUCAGUCCGUGCUACAUGCUCGGGGGGGAGGACAUCCGCACGGUGCCCUGGACGACCACGGGGAGUGGCGGGGUGAAAGAAAUCGACGCCUUCGUCAGCGAACAACUCUACGUGCACUCCAAGGUGCUGAUCGCCGACGACCGCGUCGUGCUGUGCGGGUCGGCCAACCUCAACGACCGCUCGCUCAAGGGCAGCCGUGACUCGGAGAUGGCGCUGGUGAUCGAAGACCCCACGCCGCUACCGCGGGAAACAGCGGCCACCACCACCAUGCACGGCCAGCCGUUCCACCACCGCGCGAGUCGCUUCGCCGCGAGUCUGCGCCGGUACCUGUUCCGCAAGCACCUGGGCCUGCUGGCGCCGCAGGACAUGCGCGUGGCGGACGCGCACUGUACGCCCGCCGGCGCCGACACCGACAACGGGUACGAUUUCGGGAGCGCGGAGGACCUGCUCGUCGCGGACCCGCUGAGCGACGCGUUCCUGGCGCUCUGGAACGGCGUGGCGCGCGAAAACACCCUCGCCUUCCGCACCGUCUUCGCGCCCGUCCCCGACGACACCGUCCAGACGUGGCUCCAGUACCAGACGCAGUUCUGGAAGCAGUUCACGGGCGGCGGCGGCGGACCCGAUGGCUCGCUACGAGGCUUAUCAUUACACAUGGCGCAGUGGGGACACGUGCGCAAAGAUCAUUUUCCCGGCACUGACGCAGGCGUCGAGGCCGUCAAGGACGAACUGGCCAAGAUCCGCGGCACGCUCGUCGAAAUGCCCCUCGAGUUCCUGGCCCGCACGGAUAUUCAGAUCGAGGAUCCCGGGUAUAAUAUCAUCACGAGGCAGGGGUAUGUAUAA